AUGAGCGGACCGGCUGUCAACAUCGCUCAACCAGUUGUAGUGUCACUCACUGAUUUGAAAGCGGGAAAUGUUCCAUUCGAAACGCUCGUGGAAGCUUUUGGGCCAGACUCUCUUGGAAUCUUGGUAGUGAAAGAUGUCCCCCCCGAGUUCCCUCAACUUCGGCGUCAGGCACUGUCUUAUGCAUCAUACCUUGGAAACCUCUCUGAAAUGCAACUCGCCAAGAUUGAAAAUCCAGCUGCAAAAUACCUCACCGGCUGGUCUUUAGGCAAGGAGCAACUAAAGGACGGACAAGUGGACACCUUCAAAGGAUCAUUCUACGCCAACUGCGCCUUUUACACAGACCCCAAACUGGAUUGUGCAAAACCCACUGCCGAAUUUUCCCCAGAAAACUUCCCGGAAUAUCUCUCACCCAACAUCUGGCCCGGAGAGGAUGUUCUGCCUGGUUUCAAGAACAGCCUCGAGAACCUUUGCCGUCUUCUGAUCGAUACUGCUGUUUUAGUAGCGCGAGCCUGUGACCAAUACGCUGAACGGGAAAUCGACGGCUACACAAAAGGUUACGUCGAGCACGUUGUCAGCACAAGCAAUACCACCAAGGCUAGACUACUUCACUACUAUCCUCAAUCUCAGGACAAUUCAGAAGUGAACGAGGAUGAUUGGUGUGGUGUACAUUUGGACCACUCCGUGUUGACGGCCUUGACAUCUGCCAUGUUUGUUGACGAACAUACAACAUCGACUGUAGUCUCUGUCCCCGAGACUGGCUCGACACUUCCACCGCUGGAGGAAAUGUCGGGAAGUCCGGAUCCUUUGGCCGGCCUCUACAUCAAAUCUCGGACUGGGGAGACGGUUCAAGUCAAGAUCCCGAGAGACUGCAUUGCUUUCCAGACAGGAGAGGCGUUGGAGAAGAUCACGAAGGGGAAGUUCAAGGCUGUUCCGCAUUUCGUGCGAGGCGUUCGGCCCUCUAUGAGUAAUGGAAGGGUGGCGCGAAACACACUCGCAGUAUUCACACAGCCCAACCUUGGAGAGGAGGUAGAUACAGACCAGCACAUAACUUUCGGGGAGUUUGCCAGGGGCGUCGUGAGAAAGAACACGGUCGAGGCUGAAUCAAAAUAG